AUGUCUGAAUAUCAACUUCACAAUAAGGGAAAAUUAAAGCUGAAAGGCGAAAGUGAUAAAUCAAAAAAGCGAAAACAUAAGAAAGAAAAGAAAGACCGUGAAGAAAAAAUACAAAAAGCAGUUAUAAUAGACGAAGACGCCAUUAACAAUGGAGGCUGGUGGAUAUGCAAAGAAGUAUCUGAAAUUACUGGCUCAAUUGUAAUUCAAUUCGGUGAGCAUCGUUUUGUCAAAGCUCUUGAUGAUGGAACGUUUACACUCUCAGCUCCACAUCCGAAAGGCGAAGGACCCUCGUUUGACGAAGAAUUCAGUUCAUUUAUUGUAAAUGAAUCUAAAAUAUACAUUAAAUCGGGAUACAACAAAUAUUUAAAGCCCGAAGCUGAUGGAGUCAUAACUGGAAGGUCUGAUGCUGCAGGAGAAAAAGAAGCGUUUGAACCUAUUUGGGAGAAUGGAAAGAUGGCUUUAUUAGCAGCCAACAACAGUUUUGUGUCUAUCGAUGAAGAAGAUGAUGCUCUUGUGGCAAUUCGUAAAGCUGUGGGUCCAAAUGAAGUUUGCAUUAUCAGAAGCAAUGCUUAUCGUGGUGAAGUUGUUUCAAGCAGUGCACCAAUUGAAGAGAAAAUUGAGGAUCUUAAACAAGUUGAGCUAAACUACGUUAAAAAGUUCCAAAAGUUCCAGGAUAAGAGAAUUAAACUAUGUGAAGAUGACAAAAAGGAACUGAAAAAAGCAAAGGAAAGCGGAAAACUUCACGAGUCUUUAUUAGAUCGUAGAUCAAAAAUGAAAGCAGAUCGUUAUUGCAAAUGA